AUGCCCCACUCGGGCCUGCUGCAGCGGCACAUGCUGACAGGGUCUGCUCUGGCGCGCCGAGGCCUGCACACGUCCUCCCGGCAGGCUGACAGCAGCAGAGCCUCGCUCACGCGUGUGCACCGACAGACCUACGCACGCCUCUACCCCGUGCUCCUGGUCAAGCAGGACGGCUCCACCAUCCACAUCCGCUAUCGGGAACCACGACGAAUGCUGGAGAUGCCCGUGGACCUGGACACCCUGUCCCCGGAGGAGAGGCGGACGCGGCUCCGAAAACGCGAGACCCAGCUCGGAAAGAAAAAGGAGGAGAAGCCAGAGCUCAGUGACGACUUUGACGAGGAGCAGUACAAGCGGUUUUGGACAAAAAAGUGACCUGCCCGGAAGCUGCCC